AACAGUCGUAAAGUUAUAUAUUUAGAUCAACAAUAUUUGGAGCGUGACGACCCCUCAACGCCAACCUGUUCUUGACAAAGACACAGGCAUAGUGAUGUCAAAAUGGCCGCUGGUUUAUUAUUGAUAUGAGUCCGCAUUACUGAAAACAGAAAACAGAAAAACGAAACAUUGGGUGAGAUCAAGGCUCCCUAUAUGAGGCAAGUGAAACCGAAGUUAAGUGUUUCUUUGAUGGAAGGGAUGGAACACGUGGCCGAUAAACCAGACGCUGAGACAGAGUUACCGGACCUAAGAUUAGUGGAAGAACAACACAGGCGAGCCGGGAGUCUUGCAGAGAAAGAAAAGGGAAAUGAGUUUUACAAACGUGGACAGUUAGAUAGAGCAAUAGAAGCAUACUCCAAAGGUUUAGAGUUCCAACCCAAAGACCCUCUUCUUUUGUCCAACAGAGCGCAAGCCUACCUCAAGCUUCAAAAGUACACCGAAUGCGAUGCAGACUGUAGCCUGUCGCUUCAAUACGAUCCAGUCUAUGUCAAAUCUUAUUUAAGGCGGUCGUCUGCAAGAUCGGCCCUUGGCAGACAUGCCGAGGCCUUAGAUGACCUAAAACAGGCACUGGGCAUAGAACCAACGAACCAAGAAGCAAAGAAAGCACUCGAAAGGCUUCAAGACUUGCUGUCCAAAAAGGAUGUAGGUCAUGACCAGAAAAGUGACGAAUACAAGAAAGUUCCAGGUCACAUGACUCAAGAGACAUUGGACUUAAAGCAACAAUACUCUGUAUAUGGUAAACAUGAGUGUCUGAUGCUGGAAGGAACAGAGGGGGACCUACACCUGCACUACAAGAACUGUACCAAGAACCCAGGACACACCCAGUUCAUUCCGAUCAGAGCGUUCACCUUACAACACCUUCCGGACGAGUUCCGUGACGAUGAUUUGUUUCAGCUUAUUAAAGCCACGGCGGAUCUCACUGUUCGAAUCAGCGUCAAUAUGGUCAGCCCCAACAGGCCAGAGUUUCGGCCCAAAUCGACCGACCCUUACCCUUUCUACAAGAAGGGAGGCGACACAACUCCACGGGCAGGAACUGGGGAGCUGAACCUGUUCAAAUACGUAGAUGGAGUCGGGUACGAUUUACAAGGGCAGAGCCAAGGUGGGCUGGGAGACGCCUAUGAGGCUCCCUACAAAACGUGCCCUUGUGAGAAGUGCCUGACGUCGGGCGCGCCCAGCCGCAGCUGGUGGGAGAUGAUCGUCUCCACGGCUGCUCAUGUGGUCUAUGACCAGCUGGAAGCCGAACACACCAGCUGUCGUCUGUUCUUUGACGAACGAAAGAGUCCGGAGAUUCUCCUGACGAACCUCACAAUGGAUACAGUGAUCGUCGAAAGUGACUGGAGCGAGCUGAAGUAUGUCACGUGUGAUAAGAUCGGUGACCAGCUGUUUGCCCGGCUUCAAGAAUGGGACAGCCUUUGGAAAAAGGUGGACGCCAAGUACAUGAACAGGCCAGAGGUGAAAUUAAGAUUUAUCAUUUCUCAUCCUCACGGCUGCCCCAAACAGGUGACCAUUGGUCAGUGGAUCGACAAUGUCGACAUCAAUGCGUUCGACGAGAAUAUGGAUAUCAUAAAGCUGACCUACUCGACCAACACGUGCCCUGGAAGCAGCGGGGCCAGGGUCCACUGCAUUGGGUUAAGAACCAUAGCAAAUAUUCACAAUGGAUCAGCGGAUGCUGACAAAAAUUAUAGUGUAGGAGUUUACUUGAAGAACGACAAAAUAAUGUCCUAAAAUAAUUUUAAACUAAAUAAUGCCAUUGUCCUCUGGACAGGGCCGCCAACAUUAGAUCUCCAUAAUCGUCUGUACAGGGCCUCCAAAAGUAGAUCUCCAAUGUCUCUUCUCUUGGGCCGACAACAUUAGAUCUCCAUAGUCGUCUGUACAGGGCCGCCAACAUUAGAUCUCCAUAAUCGUCUGUACAGGGCCUCCAACAGUAGAUCUCCAAUGUCUCUUCUCCUGGGCCGCCAACAUUGGAUCUCCAUAGUCCUCUGUACAGGGCCUCCAACAGUAGAUCUCCAAUGUCUCUUCUCCUGGGCCGCCAAGAUUUGAUCUCUAUAAUCCUCUGUUCAGGGCCUCCAACAGUAGAUCUCCAUAACUGCAUCUCACGUACCGUUAAUAAUGGAUCUAAAAAGUCCCUGUCCCGUAUCGCCAUCAAUAGACCUCUAAAGUCCCUGUCCCACAUCUCCAUCAAUAGACCUCUA